UAUUGCGUAAAGGAAGAGGGCGGGAUUUUGAGAAGCACACAGACCCUAAAGUGCUUGGAAGCGGUGCGAAGAACGUUUUGUGCAGCAUUUGGCAGGAAUCGGUGCUAGUGAGACUGCAGCCGUUCACUGCAGCUCGCUGGGCGCUGGCUGUUGGGGAAGUACACCCGGAGCUAGACGACACAUCUCUAUGGUCAGGUAAAGAUAGAGUGGGCCUCUCUUCCUCCACGUGGUGGGCCUGCGCAUGAGCAGUAGCCGCAGCUUCGGAAACAUGGCGGAGGAAGAGCAAAGAAAAAAGAUCCCAUUGGUUCCAGAAAAUCUCCUGAAAAAGAGGAAGGUUUAUCAGGCCCUUAAAGCCACUCAAGCAAAGCAGGCACUUUUGGACAAGAGGGAGCAGAAGAAAGGAAAACAGCUCAAGUUUAAGCGACUGGAGUGGUUUCUACAUGACUCCUGGCGGCAGCAACGUGACAGGGUGCGCCUCAGACGACUAGAAGUGAAACCUCGUGGCCUAGAAGUGCCAGAUAAACAUUCCUUGGCCUUUGUUGUCCGCAUCCAAAGGAUUAAUGGGGUGAGUUCACUGGUGCAGAGGACCAUUGCACGGCUUCGCCUGAAGAAGAUUUUCAGUGGUGUCUUUUUCAGAGUGACCCCCCAGACCAUAAAAACGCUGCGUGUAGUGGAACCUUAUGUGACCUGGGGAUUUCCAAAUCUGAAGUCUGUCCGGGAACUCAUCUUGAAACGUGGACAAGCCAAGGUCAAGAAUAAAACCAUCCCUUUGACGGACAACACAGUGAUUGAGGAGCACCUGGGGAAGUAUGGUGUUAUUUGCUUGGAAGACCUCAUUCAUGAAAUCGCCUUUCCGGGGAAGAAUUUCCAGGAGAUCUCUGCGUUCUUACGUCCUUUCCAUCUCUCAGUGGCCCGUCAUGCUACCAAGAAUAGAGUGGGUUUCCUCAAGGAGGUGGGCUUACCUGGCUAUCGAGGUGAACGCAUCAAUCAGCUCAUUCGGCAGCUGAAUUAAACCCAGAAACUAGAGAGAGGGUCAAGGAAAAGAGGAUGAUGCUCCUGGCAAGCACUUGUCAUCACAGCCCAGUUCCAAGGGAAAGUUCCAGUGUGUUUUCCACAUUGGCUGCCCCUACCACCUCUGAAGUCAGCGGGGGACUCCUGCCACAGAAGAGGGAGUCCUGCUGUGUCACAUCGUCUAUCUUGGGAUUUAAAGUUGGUGAACGAAUACCCAAGCAUGAAUACAAGACAGCAGUGGACCAAGCUCAAGGACGUACUUGAACCUGGGGGUUCCUGGGGCCUUGUUUUGGAAGGAACUUGAAAUAUAAUUACAAAGAAGAGUACGAAAACAGUGCUCAAUUGUCUCUACUGAGUCCAUGUUCUCACUCUUCAGUGACAGCUUUGCAAGUUCUCAGACUUGGCUGGCGCUGAUGUGUAUCUGGUGGCUUCCUUAGUGUAGCCUGUGAUUGGCUUAGUCCUUUUCUUUAGCUCGAGAUCUUAACUUACUCUUGGGUCUGUGAGAAGGGAAGGACCUUUUUCCCAGGAAAAUACACUCAGAUUUUUGCUUGGAAGUUUCUGUGUUCAUAGGCUUUUCUUAGGGACCCAUGCACCUUAUGUGAGGAAGUCCUGCACUACCUGCAUUGGUCACCUGGGCCCUGACCUUGUUAGUCUCCUCUGGUCCCUUAUCCUUUGGAAGACCAAAGUUUACCAAGAUAGCUUUUUCCCUUGGAGCCAAUUGGAUG